AGAAACUACAAAAAAAUGUGUAGGUCUGCCGAUCAUUACGACUUCCGCACCAGCGGCCAAAAUCUUUUAAAGAUAAAAGUUUUCCUUGUUCGAUUUUCGGGGUUCGGUUCGUGUACGGAGCCGUUACCCGAUUCGCUCACUCUACUAUUCCCGCCAAGAAUAAACGAAACGGCGCGGCUUGAAGUUUCCAGCUCCAGUAUCCGGUCCAGUUCCCCCGCGUUCGUGACUCUCCAUCGGAUGGUUAAAGUGAAGACGAGGGAAGGAGAGGCGAUAUACGGGAGCAGGGAGCGGGUUCUGGCCGGGGAUGGGGUCCGGUUCGAGGUUUACUCAAGAGAGGAAAAGGUGUUGAAAGGGGUUUUCAGGAGAGAGGCGGCCGGCAAGUGGAAAAUGGAGUGCAAGUGCGCGCUGGAGAGAGAUGAUGGGAUAAUGGGUGGUAGUGAAAACGCGGUUGCUGAUAUUUGCGUGGCGGUGGAGGGAGACGUGGCGAUGGUGGGGAGGAUGGAGAUGGUAGUGAGGAAGUGUAGAAAGAACAGGAGGGCUGCAUUCGUUGAGCUGGAGGAUAUUCCAGAGGAAGGCCAAAGUGAGUUGGAUGGUGGUGGUAGUUGCAACGGUGGAGAAGCCAAUGGUGGAGGAGAAAUUGAGGGCCGGGAGAUGGAUAUGGAGGCGGCGGAAUUAAGCUGGGCCUUUGAUGUGGGGUUUUGGGUCAUGUGCUUCGGAGUUGGAUAUUUUGUGUCUAAAACCACUGCCAUAAGCUUGAGACGCAUGCGAAUACUUUGACCCUGUAUAAAAAUAACACAUUUUACCUUAAAACAAGUUUAUUUUCGC